AUGUACGAAGAGCCUCAACUCACAUCUUUCGUAGAAAGACCGGACUACGGUGAGAUAGGAAGAAGUAUACAAGUCCGAACAAACUUUUUUAGGAUUCUUGACUUGCCUGAGGCAAACUUUACCCAUUAUGAUGUUACAAUAACUCCCGAUGUGCCACCUCCAAUCAACCGAAAAGUUGUUGGAACCUUCGAAGCACAACACAGAAAUGAUGUAUUAGGUGGAAUGCGGCUUAUUUUUGAUGGUCGUAAAAAUAUUUUUACGUCGAGGCCCAUGCUUUUAACAGAAGGUGAUGCUGGAACAUACGAGAUAAUACUUCCAGAAGACGACGGAAUUGUUAAUCCUAGACGUAUUCCUAGGAAAUUUACAAUUAAAAUAAGAAAGGUCGGUAUGAUAGAUUACCGAGAUUUGAUGCGGCAUGCCGAAGGAAAGCGUGCUUUCAUAAAUAACGUAUUAAAAGCGUUGAUGGCCAUUGAUAUUCUCAUUCGACAAGAGCCAUCAAUGAAUUAUGUAACAGUCAGAAGAUCAUUUUAUACAACAAAUGAUACUGGCCAUUUGUUUGGAGGGUUGGAAGCCCGAAGAGGGUAUUAUCAAUCAGCGAAAUGCGGACAAAAACAACUAUAUAUCAAUAUCGACAUAACUGCAACCGCUUUUUAUGAAUCGUGCUCCUUAAUAAUGUCGAUUGCUAAGAUCUUAGGACGUAGAGGUCCUGAAGAUCUUAGAGGAGGGAUGACUGAUUACGAUCAUCAAAGGCUCGAAAGAGCAAUUAAAGGAUUAAAAAUACGCGUCGUUCAUCGCGGCGAGACGCAAAAAAAAAGAAAAUAUAGAAUAAGAGGGAUUACACCCACUCCAGCCGAUAGAACGUACUUUCAGUCCGAAGGACAACAAGAAAGGAGUGUUGCAGAGUAUUUUGCCACUACGUAUCAUCGUCGGUUGAAUUUUCCGUUUUUGCCAUGUGUAGUGGUGAACAGUAAUAACACAUUCCUCCCAAUGGAAGUCUGUGAGAUUGACCAAAGGUACACAAGAAAAUUAAACGAUAAACAAACAGCCGAUAUGAUAAAAUUUACAUGCGUUCAGCCGCAUGCUCGAGCAAAUAAAAUUCUGGAAGGGUUUAAUAUACUAAAUUACCGUGACAAUCAAUACCUGAGGCAGUUUGGACUUAGGGUUCCAGCCAGAGUAUUGCCAACUCCUACGAUACAAUACCAUCCUUCUUCACGUGAGGCUAAAUUCCGACCAAUUAAUGGUGUUUGGAAUUUAAGGGAUAAAAAGGUAGCAACUGGAACAACUUUAGGCUCCUGGUCUGUAGUUGUUUUUUCAUCAGAAAGGGAUUAUCCGCUACCAUCAGUAAAACACUUUAUAAGGGAGUUAGUCACAACAUGGGAUAAUGAAGGAACCCUAAAGCAAGCCUGGCUUCUUGCUGGUAAUCAUGCAAAAGCACAGCCACAGUUGAUAUUAUGUAUACUACCCAACACGGGUGUUGACCUAUACGCUCAAAUAAAACGGGUAUCUGAUACUGUAAUUGGCGUAGUGACGCAAUGCGUCCAAGGACGUAAUAUAAUGUCUGCAAAAAAACAAUAUUGUGCGAACGUUUGUUUAAAAAUAAACGUUAAGCUUGGCGGGAUGAAUUCUUUUCUGCUACCAGAAGAAAUUCCAUUUAUAACUGAUGUGCCUACAAUUUUGAUGGGUGCCGAUGUUACUCAUCCAGGACCAGCUGCACUGUGUGCAUCUAUGGAUGCCAAGGCAUCACGAUAUGCUGCAUCCAUACGAAUACAAAGCGGUAGAACCGAUAUUAUAGCGGACUUGUCAAAUAUGGUAAAAGAGCUCCUAAAAACCUUUUACCAAACUUGUGGAAGAAAACCGGAUAGAAUUUUAUUUUAUCGCGACGGUAUUUCUUAUGAACAGUUCAAGAAAGUGUUGGACGAAGAAAUAAAUUCAGUCAGAGCGCUUCAAGCUGAUUAUGCUCCAAAGAUAACAUUUAUCGUGGUGCAGAAAAGGCACCAUGCAAGAUUUUUUUCUAUGGAUAGGCGAGACGCAGAUAAUACCGGCAAUUGUUUGCCUGGUACUGUCAUUGAACGUGGAAUCACGCACCCUAUCGAAUUUGAUUUUUAUUUACAAAGCCAGGCGGGUUUACAGGGAACCUCGCGACCAACACAUUAUCACGUUUUAUACAAUGAGAAUAACCUUCGUGCGGACCAGUAA